GAAUGCUACAACUACAGCAACCUGAAUGACUCGGUUAGAGCACAAGGCUUCUACAACAGAUACUAUGGCUAUUACCAAUGCGAUAGCAACCUUCCAUUUGGAUGGUAUCGAUUUAGUGGGUCAGCAGGAUCUCAAAUGGCCACUAGUUGUGUAGGUAAAAAUCACUGCAGUUCGCAGUCGCCGGGAUGGUUAAGUACCCCGCAUCCUUCAAGGGAUGAUGGGAUAGUCAAUGGUACAGUGUGCUUCCACUGGGAGAGUGGUUGCUGUCACUGGUCGACGAAUAUACGUGUUCGUAACUGUAGCGGGUUUUACGUGUAUGAGCUUGGACCAGCCCCAACAUGCCAUUUACGUUACUGUGGAAACGGAGGAGGUAUGUUGCAUCUUUUACAA